AUGUCUGAAUUGCCUCAAGAUUUUCAAAAGAAAUUGUAUGAAAAAUAUUAUACUGCUUUAAAAGGUGGUUUCUUGAUUUUCAACGGCGAGUCUGCCACCAAGGAAAUUUUGACAGCAGAACUGAAUGGAUCGUCUUACCCAUUCGAAUUGACGGAGCUCCACAGUCUCCAAAAACGUCCAGAAUCUGGUUCCAUCAAUGAUAACCCAUUUGCUAAGCCCGAACCAGAAUUAACUAUUGUACCAUCGCUUCAUGAAGAUUUCCGUGUCGUUUUCAACAAGUUUCCUGUUGUUCCUGCUCAUUUUAUGGUUGUUACGAAGGAGUUCAAAUCCCAAAAUACCCCUCUUUCGCCUUCUGAAUUAGUGGUCACCAUGGAACUAUUGAAGAACUUGAAGGCGAAUGACAAGGAAAAGAAAUGGUUUGCAUUCUACAAUUGUGGUCCAGAAAGUGGCGCUUCUCAGCCACAUAAGCACAUCCAGUUUAUGACGCUUCCAGAGGAAUUUACGCCUUAUGCAGAGUCUUUGGCUAAGACAUCCCCUCAUUUUAUUCCAAAUCAGUUCCAAGAACCAUUGCAGGACCCUAACUUGCCGUAUGCUCAUUUCGUGGCCAGGUUGCCCGAGAAUACACUGGAGCUCACCGAGGACCUCUUGGCUAUGACAUUUGUUUCUUUACUCCAAAGGGCAUGUACAGUUUUAAGAGACAAUGGUUGUGACCAUAUUUCUUACAAUUUUUGCGCCACGACAGAAUACAUGAUGAUCGUUCCAAGAUCCUCAGGCAAAUACAAAGAUAUUUUUGGAAUAAACUCAUGUGGUAUGAUGGGCUUGUUCUUAUGCAAAGAUGCGGAAUUGGUGAACGUUGUGAAGGAGACGGGACCACUCAAUAUCUUGAAGGAGUUGGGGUUUCCAAAUGUACAUGGCCAGGCCAGUACUGAGUAUCAUUACUAG